AUGUUUGUCGAUUUCCUUCGAAUCAUAUUUAACAAAAACUUUCUGUUCAGUAUUUGUCUCCAUAUACUACAUGGUUUCGUGUUCGAAAAAAGUAAACUGUACUUUCCAUAUACGUUCGGCCGAAAUAUUUUAUUCAUCAAAACUGACGUUUACAAAUUUUAUAUCUCAAUCAGUUUCAUUUCACUAGGUGUGCCGUACGUGUUUAGUAAAAUCUUGCCAAACAAAUAUCUUUCAGCACGUUCUCACAUCAGUGAUCGUUAUGAAUCUCGGUCAAUACUAGAAGCCAAUGUCGGCGGAUAUUUAUUGGGUGUAUCCACGUUAUUAACUGGCUUUUGUCCAUCGUAUUUACCAAUUUAUUUAGCGAUUAAUCCGAAACUAUUUCUCUACAGUAUCAUCGCUAGUUAUAUCGCAUUCUCGUGCUAUCAAUUUUAUUACAUAGCGUUUUAUCACCGCCUACGACCGAAAUUUGAUAAUAACGAACGAAAAACUCCGGAAUCUGUUUCCAACGAUCAAGAAACUCUACAUAACAUCGAACGCAUCAUCAUACUAGCGCUUUGUGUUAUUCUGUUAAUCGUACUUGAAACAAUCGAGCAAUCACUACCACCAGGACAUUCAGCCGAUGAAUUGCACGAUUUGAUAAGCAAUGGAGAUUAUCUACCGCCUGGUUUAACUGGCGUGAUAUGUGGUUUGAUUCUGACUUUGUUAGUUUUCAUUUGUAAUGAAUACGAGACAUUAUCGAGUGAAUGGUUAAUGAACAUCUGUUCUUACACAACGGGUCUCCCUCAUCGGAUGAAAAGAGUGACUGGCCGGAUGUGUCUGGAGCAAACAUUGAAGAUUCUUUCGAUGGCAUAUGGUGCUCGACUAUCAUUAUGGUUGAGCAGUGCACAAGAAGUACCAAAUAUUGAUCGGCUUUUCUAUUCAUUGGUUACAAUUGGAUCGUUUUUUAGUGCGCUUUCGAUUUGCUUAACUACGGCAACAUUUACUGAUCAUAUUUAUUUAACAAAUGCAUUUAUUGGUAAUAUAACAUCGGAUAUUGUUCCCAUAAUGAUUAUUUCUGCUUGGACUAUAAUAUAUCUAACACAAUUAUUGGAUAUUACAAAUCUGAAGUAG